ACAAGAUGAGUGAGCUGAUAUUCUGUUUCAAAAAUAAGACGAAGAAAGGUGUAUCCCUAAACAGUCUGCUCUGUAAUUCAUCACUGUCAUUCCUCUUUCUACUCUUUCUUAUCAUUCCGUUUUCUGUCUCUCUCUCUCUCUCUCUCUCUCUCUUAUCGUCUCGAUAUUUUUUUGCUUGCUGUUCUUACCUUUCGAUGUGCAUUGAUACAUUUUCAUGUUAUGCUUACUACUGUUGUUUGUUUGUUUGUUGUGUGUUCAUUGUGUUUAUUGACGGCCCAAACUGAGGCCAAACUUGAUCCACUCACGGUUGGCUCACGGCUUAUCACGUGUUUAUGGUAAUAGGGGAUAGGAGGGUGGGGCAUGGUUGCUUGUUGAGUGAUUGUGGAGGAAAAUGAAAAUUGAGUGAGUCAGUCAGAUACAAGGUAAGUUUGUUGGUAGGAAUGAGAGUGAGAGAGAAACAGAGAUAGAAAGAGAAGAGGAAGAGAGAAAAGUAGAAAUAAUAAUAUCGAGUGAGUCAGUGAGUGAGAGUGUGUUGUGUGUGUGUGAGAGAGAGAGUUUUUCAAGAAAUUAUUUCUUUUGCCAUCCAAUUGAAGCUUAAAAUUAAUGGCCAUGAGUUCGUUUUUGAUGAACCCAGCGGCAUAUAUGGCUGCUGCAGCCGCGGCGGAUGCUGCCAGUGGCUAUUCCCUGUCAAGUUAUUAUGAUGUUACUGCAAGUGCAUCGGGACUUGGUGGUGUCAGUGGUGGCGGUGGUGGUGGUGGGUCUAGUGUUGUUGUCAAUUCAUCGGUCAACAGUGUGCUUGGUGGCAACUCAAAUGGAUCUGUAAAUGGUGGUAACAAUGGAGGUUCAAACGGGAAUCCUGGUAAUGACAAUUCAACUGUCAACUCUGGACACCUUUCACCAGUGACUUCGUCUUGUGUUGGCAACUCUUUUGGAUUUAACCAUCAUUCCCAUCAUCAUCAAAGUUCACCCAUUCCCGGUUAUCCUACCCAUGUCAACGAUCCUCGAUCACACUAUGGAUCACCUCAUCAUCCCCAUCAUCCUCACCACACUCACCAUCCUCAUCACAAUCAUCACUCACAAUUGACUAAUCAUCAUGCUCACCAUUCACCUCACCAUCCACUCUCUCAUCCUCACCAUCCUCAUCAACAAUAUUAUGGAAGCCAAAGUGUUCCCGGUUCGGGUCCAAUGGGCUCCAUUGGUCAACAUGUUUCACUUGGUUCAACCGAUUCUUCCCUUGAACCUUCACCAGAGAUUUUAACUCAUCCUCAUCACCUUUUAGCUACUUCAUCUGGUCUCUUAUCACACCAUCAUCAUCCCAAUGUUUCAUCGCCUUCACCUUCAUCUAAUCACCAUCAACAACAACAAUCAUCUUCAUCAUCCCUUCGACAUCAAACAGGAUCCAAUCAUCACCAUCAAACACAACAGUUAGAUAUUAAAUCAGAAGUUAAAUCAAUUAUCAGUGAUUCUCCAUCUCCACCGGACUGUGCAAUCUCAGGAAACAGUGGAAGUAAUUCAGGUGCUUCAGGUGCUGGUCAACCUGUUAUUUAUCCAUGGAUGAAAAAAGCUCAUGAUAAUCAAGUCACUCCAGGUUCAAAACGGACUCGUCAAACUUACACCCGUUAUCAAACAUUGGAGCUUGAAAAGGAAUUUCAUUCAAAUAAAUAUUUAACUCGACGCAGACGGAUUGAAAUAGCUCAUACACUUCAUCUAACUGAGCGACAGAUAAAAAUUUGGUUCCAAAAUCGACGGAUGAAACAGAAAAAAGAGUCAAAAGUACCUGCAAUCAACUUUAGUUAGAGAAGAAAGAAAAUUGUUGUUCUAAUCAUGAAUCGAUGAAAAGCACACCAACACUCAAAUUACAUUCACAAACCAAAUUAGUUUAUCCAUUAACUAUCAAUAUUGAAUACACUUGAAGCGCGUUCAAAGAAACAAAAUCACAGAAUUGAAUCGACAUCAAAAAUACCAAAUAAUCAUUAAACUUGAGGUGACAAAUUAUGUUGAACAAAAGCAAAUUUUUUUCGCUCAACGCUCUUUUCUCUCUUCUCUUUUUAUAUUUUUUUAUCCAAACAAAAGCACCUCAUUCAGUCCAAAAUGCACUCCCAGCGAUAAUUUAACAUUUAAACGACACCAAGAUACGAAAACGAACGAAAAAUUCAAUACCAUUUAACUGUUUAUAAAUAUAUAAAUAUAUAUAUAUAAAAAUACAAAUAUAAUACAAGAAAACUUUACCUUUAUUUUUGAAAAUAUAAUUUGAUUUUGCAAAAUAAAAAUAU